AUGGCGUCUUCACUGCGUCUUCCUGCGGGCAGCAUUUUCCCCAAUGCCCGCCCAAUUUCCUUGAUCGCCCAGUCCUUCGCCUCCGGCUCGCAGCAACAGCAGUGCCGUGCCUUCUCGGCGGCGGCGCAACGAUGGGCCUACCGAUCGCAAAACUUCAAGCCCGCCAGCCCGGCACAACCGUCGAUGAAGUCUCGCGCCAAGGAUGUGAUGAAGCACCAGCUACCGAAUGAUAUCGGUCUUUUGCCGGGUACCUUUGUGCGGCCGAUGUGGAGGGACAUGCCCUCGAUCUUCCAGGAACCGCGGGACCGGCUCCGGAUGGAAUGGACUUGGUUGAAGAGCGUUUUCCAGGGUUACGCCAGUGUUUUGGUUUACUGCAAGAAGGACCUAAACAACGUUCCCUUUAUCGCAGAGCAAAUGCAAAAGCCCCAUAUCGGAUCUAUCGCCCUGCCCUUCUUCAAGAUCUUCCACAGCGUGUCCCGACGAUCAAUUGCCAAGACCUUGUACACCCAGAUGUACACCAACCUUGCCGAGGGAAACACCACUGAACUCCGACGCAUCUGCUGCGAGAAGCUCGCCCAAAAGCUCACCAGCCAAGUCCAGACCCGCCCCACCAACGAAAAGGUGACCUGGGAUCUGGUCGGCAACAAGUUCAGCAGCGCACGCGUCAUGGCAGACCGCGCCGUCAAGAUCCCCGACAUGCCCAACUCCGGUAUCCGCCAGAUCGUUGUCCGCCUGAGUUCCAGACAAUCCAUGACCAAGACUACCAUCGGCCGAAACGCCUCUAACGAGGUCGUCCCCGCCGCCAAGGUCCAGGACUGUGUCGAGUACGUCGUCAUCCAGCAGCUCAUCUGGCACGGCAAGUACGCCGACUGGCAGAUCUGGGGUACUACCCGGGAAACCGAUAUGCAUACCCUGAACACCGACCCAGCCUUUGCCCCGGGUCUGUCUGCCCUGGAGCGUCUCGAGGCUAUGAAGAACAUGGGACCCGGCGGUCGCCUCUAA